UCGAAGAAGUAAAACUAGCACUUUAGUAGUCGUAUAUCGACAACGGCGGAAGGCAGACAAGAAAAGAAGCCAUGAGUUGGACACGAGGAUUUACACUCUUGGUUGCGGCGUUUGCCUUGGUCAGCGCCGUCACCGCCACUAAGGAUGAAACAAUUUUCGAGCGUACCUUUAGACAGCUGCAUCAGGAACCGCCACCACCUGAACCGGAGUCACAGAGUCGCGCCAAUAUAGAGUACUUGGAGAUCGAACAAAAAUUGGAUAAUUUCAAUGAAAGCGAAACGCGCACAUGGCAAAUGCGCUACAUAUCUAAUGAUGAAUUCUACCAAGAGGGCAGUCCCUUCUUCAUAUUUGUCGGCGGUGAAUGGGAAAUCUCUACUGGUUAUGUCACCGGCGGACAUUUCUACAACGUAGCCAAAGAGCAUAAUGGUUAUCUUUUCUACACCGAACACCGUUACUAUGGCAAAAGCUGGCCGACAAGCAAUAUGGACAAUGAGAACAUCAGAUACCUGGACGUACGCCAAGCUUUGGCAGAUUUGGCGCAUUUCAUUGAGCAUAUGCGUGCAACCAUACCUGGCGCCAGCAAUGCGAAGGUUAUACUAGCCGGUGGCUCCUAUUCGGCUACAAUGGUGACAUGGUUCAAGAAAUUGUAUCCUGAAUUGGCGACAGGUGCUUGGGCUUCGAGUGCGCCACUCUUUGCUAAGGUCAAUUUUUUCGAAUAUAAGGAGGUUACCGGCCAGUCCAUACGCUUAGUCGGUGGCGAAGCCUGCUAUAACCGAAUUGAAAAUGGUAUUGCCGAAAUGGAGAGCCUGUUCGCUAACAAGCGCGGUGCCGAAGUGAAAUCAAUACUCAAACUUUGCGAUGCCUUCGAUGAGUACAACGAUUUAGAUUUGUGGACCUUGUUCAGCGAGAUUUCCGACAUCUUUGCAGGUGUUGUGCAGACACACAACACUGGUCAAAUCGAGCGUGUCUGCAGUAAAAUCAUGGAGGGUGAAACUGACAUCAGCGGCGUUGCUGGGUAUUUACUAACGCAAUUCGGUAGCGCUUCUUGCAAUCAACUAACCUAUAAAGCCAUUAUAGCCAGCAUGAUGGACUCCACCUUCGAUAAUAACAUAAUGCGUCAGUGGAUUUAUCAGACCUGCAAUGAGUUCGGUUGGUAUCAGACGUCCGCUUCUAGCCAACAACCUUUCGGCACCAAGUUCCCUGUGUAUCUCUACUUGCAAAUGUGCGAGGAUAUCUAUGGCGAACGCUUCUCCAUCGAAUACGUAGUCAGCCAGGUGGCGGCCACCAAUGAACUCUUCGGUGGAUUGGAACCUAAUGUCGAGAAUGUUUACUUCACACACGGCCAACUGGAUCCGUGGCGCGCAAUGGGCAUACAGAAUGCGACCGAGGCCACGAUUGUACCGCUCUACGCGCAUUGCAAAGACUUUGGCGCGCUCAGCGACAAUGACAGCGCCGAAAUGCGUGCGUCAAAGGAAAAAUUCGCCCAGUUGGUGCGCGAAUGGCUCGGCAGCGAUAGCGUGGCUAACGGAGCUUACUAAUUUCUAAUUACGUAAUUAAUUGCGGUAUUUUGAAAACAUUGUUAGUUAAUGGACUGAUUGUCGUAAUACGAAGGCGACGUGUGUCAAUAAAAUUUAAUACAAUGAAA